AUGGAGAAGCAGAGCGACCAUUGUGUUCCUCACAUGCUGCACGUGGUAUCGUGCCUCUCGCUCCCCCGCUCUGUUACGAUGGAUAACACACCCGUUGCAGCCUUUGGCGAAGGUGUGGAGACAGCGGAUACAGCACCUUGGGCUGUCAAUGCCCUUGGUUCUCCUGGCGACGGGCCUCCGCCACUACCGUUAAGGGGGACUGCAAUCUUGAUCACACGGGUUGGAGAACCUUUAGGGAGGGCACGUGGUGGAUGGCGAAGUAAUGUGGAAUUUGAUAUUGGCGAAGGAUACGCGGUGUUUAAGGAAAAGUGCAUCGCAAGAUAUGAAGCUCUAAUUGCUGGACCAGAGGCACCGAAAAAACCGCUUGCUCUACCGGGAGAUGUAUCCAUCUACUUCAAGCGAACCAAGAACGACCCUCAGGCAAAGAGACCGGAGGCCUCUCCGUUUGAGGUUCCGGCUGAUAAUACCACAGCACAGGCAAUGGAAUUGGAUCGACAGCGUGAGUUGCUUCAGCCACAGGAGAAUGCUGCACGAGACGCUACCCAAACAGCUUCAGUUAAAGUAAGGCUGGGUGGCAUGUGGGUGCCUAUGGAGCUCAUCAAACGUUUGCUGUCGUAUCCAGGUCUCCAUGUAGCCACAGUGCUGGAAGGUCCCGAAGCAUCCUUUUUCCUCGUGGCGUGUACACGCACGCAUAGCAACAUCCAAAACUCGUUCCGGGUACAAGCGAAAAAUUAG